AUGGCCGAGGCCCUUCCUCCCGACCUCGUUGCGCACGUCGGUCGGUUCCUGUCGCUGGCAUCGCUCGUCUGCAGCACCGCGGUGAGACGAAGCUGGCGACGAGCACUCAAGGAUAACGACACCGUCUGGCGGGCGGUGUGCGCGUCGGAGUGGCCCGAGCGGAGUGAGUGGCAAGUCGCAGCACCCACCUGGCGGGACCGCUGCUACAUAUACAAGAGCGUGCUGCCACGAGGGGUGCUCCUCGAGCUUCCGCAGUCUUUUCUCGACGGGUGGGUGUGCCACAUGGACCGGCCAUAUGCCGCUGGGCGGCAUCUUGAAGAAUGGGCCGAAGAACACGACCGGCCUCAGACCGAGCACCCGGCCAUCACCCACCCGGCUGAUCUAGACAGCGUGCCCGCGGGCACCUUUGUCUUCGUUGGCGCACGCGCACCUGACGGGAGUCUGGAGAUGGGCGCAGUGGGCGUCCGCGACGCCGUCUUUGCGUACACCGGACAACCCCCUGCCUUGCGUGAGUCACACAUUGCUCAGGAGCACAACGGCCUGUACUGGUACCGCGUGCGGACGGGAGGAAACGACGGGGUCGACGACGACGAUGUCGAUCACGGUUCACCAGAUGAAGAUGGUGCCUUUGGGUUCGCGAGCGUGCCGGCCGUGCUUUUGAGCACUUCCGACUGCGAAGACUUGGGCGAAGCAAACGAGGAGCGCGGCAGGCGCCGACUAAGCUGGGCACUCGACGGCGUCUCGGACGGAUGGCGCUGCGGCCUCAUCAGCGGUGACAACUUCUCGUCUCGAUCAGUUCCCCGUCGGUAUCAGCAUCCGCAUGACAACGACAACUUUGAUUACGUUGUGGAGGGCGCAUGCUUGGAUGGCUACCGGAAGCUGAUUUACUACCUGCGCCUGAGCGAUCCUGCGCAGGUGCGCCGUCUGCUGGCGUGCCGCAGCUAAUCGGAUACAAGGGGCAGGUUCGUUCGCGAUGCUCUCUGUGUUUGAUGAAAACUCAAUAUUUGAAAUUAAUAAAGAAAGAAAGAAA